AUGCAGGAGCUGCCUACGUUCGUCACGAGAAGGAAUAAGCAUGCGACCGGGUGCUGGUGGCUGCAGGUUCUGGAGCCUGUUCGGGCGCAGCGCCACAGACGUUGGGUGACGCUCUGCGUGCUCUGCGCGGCUGUUAUGCUGGGGGUGCUCGCAACAUUUGGGCUUGUUCGCGACUUGCUGGCGGCUAGGCUCGAGAAUCCGUCAGCGCAUGCCCGAGGCAGUGAGGCGGCUGCGUCCUCACCUCUUUCACAGCUGAAACACCUCAUCAUUGUUGCGGGCAACGCCGUGUACACUGGGUCCAACUUUGCUUCUGCCAGUGAUGACCAUCAGUGGUACCUUGAAGACUACCAGAAAGGUCAAGGUCUCGUGUUCCUUCAGCAUCUACGCAGAGGUAUUGAAAUAGCACAGGCGGAUCCACAGGCUUUGCUGUUGUUUUCGGGGGGAAAGACAAGGUUGGAAGCUGGGCCGCUGAGUGAAGCUGAGAGCUACUGGCGUCUGGCCAGUGCUCAAGCGUGGUGUGGCCACGCGGAAGGCGUUUCCGGCAGGGUACUCACCGAAGACUUUGCUCGAGACUCGUUCGAGAACCUCCUUUUUUCAAUAUGCCGCUUUCGCCAGCUCACUGGAAACUACCCUCGCAACAUCACGAUGAUCUCGCUCGAGCUGAAGCGCAAACGCAUAGAGACGCAGCACCGAACAGCAAUACGCUACCCAGCGGCUCAGUUUCGCUUCAUUAGUACAGAAGAAGCAUUACAUUUUGGCGGGCCAGUGCCGGAUUCGAUGCCCGCCGAUAGGGCGCUUGCGGCCUUCGCUACAGAUCCAUACGGAUGCCUGCACGAGGAGUUGCUGGAAAAGCGAAGGAAACGAAAUCCCUUUCAUGUGGUGAUUCCGUACCCGUCCGGCUGUCCGGAAAUCGCCCGCCUCAUUCGAUACUGUGGACGGAAUAUUUUCAAAGGGCGAUUGCCGUGGGAUCCCUGA